GCGCCGCGCCUCUCGCUCACAUCAGAGUGAUCGCCACUUGCACGACAUUAAGAGGCCACCGAAUCAUCGACGGCCACGAUCCAGCCACGCCGUCGAUUCCUCGAGUUGAGUUGCGUCGACGCAAAGUCAGGACCGGAGGCGUGGGCGUGGGUUCGCAAGGCAAGGCAAGUCAGGCCACACUGGGCGAGGCCGACGUCGGGAGCUGACUGACUGCUGGCCGAGCAUCGUAGAGGUUAUAAACCCAACUCGCCGCCAAUAGCUCCUGUCCUUUUCUCCCCACACAACUACUCCCUUCUCCCUCACACACUACAGCUUUCGAGCUCACCCACUCUCACCCCCACCACUUUUUACACACACAAACAUGACUGGACGAGGAAAGGGUGGCAAGGGUCUCGGCAAGGGCGGUGCUAAGCGCCACAGGAAGAUCUUGCGAGACAACAUCCAGGGUAUCACCAAGCCCGCUAUCCGCCGUCUCGCGCGUCGUGGUGGUGUCAAGCGUAUCUCUGGCCUCAUCUACGACGAGACCCGCGGUGUCCUCAAGCUCUUCCUUGAGUCGGUCAUCCGCGACUCGGUCACCUACACUGAGCACGCCAAGCGCAAGACCGUCACCUCGCUCGACGUCGUCUACGCUCUCAAGCGCCAGGGAAAGACCCUCUACGGUUUCGGCGCGUAGACGUUGGUCACUACCGCCCUCUUCGUGUUGUUUCCUCUCUCUCUUUUGCUUGUUCAUUCCCAUCUACCUGUAACAUUAGCUAUGGCUCCCUGCUAGCCACCACAUCGAGGUGAUCUCAUUCAAAUCAUCACGAGCUUCUACUCAUACCAAAGUGCCGCUCUGCCGCCCUCCUGACUGAUCCCUCCGACUGAGCAGCUCGAGCACCAGCACGCUAUGAUGCGUGGCUGCCUUGCGUUGCGUCGCAAGGAGCUACAGCUGCCACCUCUUGCUCUUCACCUUCUUGCCUUGCCCUUUCGCUUUCGGCUUCUCUUCUCGACGUGUGCAAUACUGCGUCAUCAUUUCACACA